AACAAUCUCUCUUGAAUUUUAUCACUAAAACACACACUUUUUUUGUUCCUCGUCUUCAUCCGCCGCUCUCGUAUAAUCUCUUACGGCGUCGUCCCGUCAUGGUUCCCGCCAUUGUUAUAUGAGAGUAGGAACCCCGAUACCUCUCUACCCGCUCCAGGGAAAGGGAGUGUUCUGAAUUCCCGGGAAAGCGGUUUCUUCAUUUGUGUUCUUAUAUCCGAAAGACUAGGAUUUAUGAACCAGAAUCAAUCAAGGGCUGAGAGGAGCGAUUCUGUACAGUACAGGAAAACCGGCCGAUCCGGCAGCUCCAAUCAGCAGCGUCAGUACUCCGGUGGCGUUUCCACUAAGGGUGGUGGUGGCGCCUCCUCCGCCUCCACCAAUCUUUCUAAUCGCAGUUUUAAGAAGUAUAACAACAAUGCACCAGAAACACAGCAGGGAGCGAGACCAUGGAAUGUGGAUUCUAGCGAUUCAUCUGCCGUACAUGCUGUAAAUAAUGGUGCUCAUCAACUGCAGCCAGCUCAAAGAGUACCUGAAGCCUCUCUAAAGACUACCCGAACUGUUCCUAAAUCUCCACCCACUAAUGUUUCGUUGGCAGCUGCACCGUCCAAUGUUUUAUCUGUCUCCGAGGCCCCAGCGACACCUGGAGAAACUUCAGGAGAUGCAUCUAAGUCGUAUCCCUUGCAGUUUGGGUCCAUAAGUACUGUUAUUGCAAGUGUAAUGCAGAUACCCGCUCGAACAAGCUCUGCACCACCAAAUUUGGAUGAGCAGAAAAAAGAUCAGGCACGUUAUGAAUCUUCAAGGACAGAUCCAGCUUUGCCAACUCCAUCAAUCUACAAGCAGCAUUUUCACAAAAAGGAUGCAGGAAUCUGCGACCAACCUAAUUCUGGGGAAGCUCAUUUAGCAUCUAGACCCAAAAGGGAUGCCCAAGUUUCAGCUGCACAACCUGGGAUUCAAACUCAGAGGCCUGCACUACACCCUAUCCCUAAAAUGCCCAUCCAAUUUCCAUUCCACGAGCAACAGAUAAAUGUUCAGUUUGGUGGUCCGAAUCCACAAAUGCAGUCUCAAGCCUUGUCAGGGCCGAUGCCAAUUCCAAUGUCCCUACCUCUAGGAAAUCCAUCAGUCCAGCAUUCAAUGUUUGUUCAAGGUAUCCAGCCACAUCCGAUGCAGCCUCAAGCAAUGAUGCUUCAGAGACAGGGAUUAAAUUUCUCCCCACAAAUUGGUACUCAGCUACCUCUUCAAUUGGGUAACAUGGGGAUGAGCUUGGCCCCACAGUUUCCUCAGCAAGCACCUGUAAUAUACAAUGGUUCUCGCAAAACUGUGAAGAUUACUCAUCCAGAAACUCAUGAAGAAUUGAGGCUUGAUAGUUCACCAGCCCCAAGGUUACAACCUAGUGCGCAAUCUCAGUCACAGCCUAUUUCUUCAUUUCCUCCUAAUAUGCCGAUGAAUAUUCAUCCCAGUUCUUACAAUGCCGCUCCUCACUUUUAUCCUCCUGCAAGUUCUGUUCCACUUGGUAGCACUCAUGUUCCUCCCAAUUCUCACCCGCCAAGGCUCCAUAACCAGGUGACUGUGAAAUCACCUAGUAUCUCGCAUGCAGAGAAAGAUCCUCUGCCGCCCUCAGGUUCUCUUUCUGUUGGGAAAGCAGAGGCUUCAAAGCCUUCAAGGUUAAAGGCCGAACUUCCAGUUUCUUCUUUGAGCUCUAGUUCACAGCCAAAGGCUGGUUUGGGAGUAUCGUAUGUGUCCGUUACCUCAUCAAGUCCUGUGACAGUGGAGAGGGAUGUACCUUAUUCGGCUUCUGGUUCAACUGCCAUGGAUGUUUCUGUAUCAGUAUCAACUAGAUCUUCUGAUGGUUCUAGAUUAGGAGUAUCACAUCCUGACUCCUUCAAUGAUAUGCCUAAAAGACCAGGCAGUAGAGGCCAGCAGGAGCAGGAUCUCAGCCCAUAUACUUCUCUCUCAACUUUGCCUUCACAACUGCCUGACAAGGAUCCAUUAUUAACAGCUGUAGCUGCUUCUUCUGAGGCUUCUAGCAUAACAGGUGAGAGGGCUAUAGAAGAAAAGACUGGAAAUACAAUUAAAGGUUUAGGAACGCUAGUUCUAGAUAGCACACAAUCAGAGCCUGAAGCUGUUGGGGGAUUUGAGCAAGCAGAAGCAAUGUCGGCUGAAAGUAGUUUGGAAAACUCCAUGAAGUCUCUUACUUUGGAAUCUCCCGAAAAGAUUGGUAAACUUAAGGAAAACCCUAAUAAGGAAGUAGCAUCCAUCAAUAGUGGCUCAUCAGAACAUACACGCGAGAAGUCAGAACAGUUAUCAAGGUAUUGUUCCAAUGAUGUUGAGAGGGAAGGUACUUUAGCAGUGCCUGCUGACAUAUCUGGUGGAGAAAAACUUGAGAGUUCUGUGCCAGUAACUGCAUUAAAUAAAAAUGAAAUUAUAGCUAGUAGUACAGGUGUCUUAGUUUCUCGAUCUCCAUUCAGUGUCAAAGAAAAAGGUCCAGAUGCAAAUGUUGCAAAAGGUGCUGCACCCAAGGGUAAGAAGAAGAAAAAAGAGCUUUAUAGAAAAGCAGAAGCUGCUAGUACAAGUUCUGAUCUUUAUAUGGCAUACAAGGGUCCUGAAGAGAAAAAGGAGACUAUAACUAAUGUAAAGGCCUCAGAGAAGCCUUCAAGUAUUAGCGAGGACAAAACAUCUAUUGGUGUAUCUCAGGAGAAUGUUGCGGCAUGUGAAAAACCUGCUUUAAAUAAAGUUGAGCCAGAUGAUUGGGAAGAUAAUGCUGAGAUUUCUUCUCCACAGUUAGGAACUUCAAGAAAUGAAAAUGAAGAUAAUGACGAUGGUGAUGGAUCGACAACUAAAAAGUACUCCAGGGACUUUCUCCUCAAGUUUGUGGAGCUAUGCACUGAUCUUCCAGAAGGUUUUGAGAUUACAUCAGACAUUGCAGAUAGUCUGAUUGUUUCUAGCAUCAAUCUUGCACGUGAAUCAUACCCUAGUCCUGGACGCAGUGUUGACAGGCAUAUUGGAGGCUCUAGACCAGAUCGUCGGGGAAGUGGCUUGGGAGACGAGGACAAGUGGAAUAAAUUCCCUGGGCCUCCUAUGUGGAAUGAUGUUGGUUAUAUGAAUAAUGCUGUUGGGUUUCGACCUGGUCAAGGAGGUAAUAAUGGUGUUCUAAGGAAUCCUCGGGCACAGACACCUCAAUAUGCUGGGGGCAUCCUCUCCGGACCGAUGCAGUCCCUUGGUCCUCAGGGUGGCCUACAAAGAAAUAAUGUUGAUUCUGAUAGGUGGCAGCGUGGAGCUGGGUUUCCGAAAGAUUUGAUCCCUUAUCCUCAAACACCUAUGCAGGUGAUGCACAAAGCUGAAAAUAAGUAUGAGGUAGGUACGGUUUCUGAUGAGGAAGAAGCCAAGCAGAGGCAAUUGAAGGGCAUCUUAAACAAACUUACCCCUCAAAACUUUGAAAAGCUGUUUCAACAAGUUAAGCAAGUCAACAUUGACAAUGUUAUCACACUGUCUGGAGUGAUCUCACAGAUUUUUGAUAAGGCUUUGAUGGAGCCCACCUUCUGUGAGAUGUACGCCAACUUCUGCUUUCACCUUGCUGCAGAACUACCCGAUCUUAGUGUGGACAAUGAAAAAAUUACUUUUAAGAGAUUACUCCUGAACAAAUGCCAGGAGGAAUUUGAAAGGGGAGAAAGAGAGGAAGAAGAGGCAAAUAAAGUUGAAGAAGAAGGUGAAGUUAAACAGACAGCAGAAGAGAGAGAGGAGAAAAGACUCCGUGCUCGAAGACGUAUGCUAGGGAACAUUAGACUCAUUGGAGAACUUUACAAGAAGAGAAUGCUGACUGAGAGGAUAAUGCAUGAGUGCAUAAAUAAGUUGCUGGGUCAAUAUCAGAAUCCAGACGAGGAGAACAUCGAGGCUUUGUGCAAAUUGAUGAGUACAAUUGGAGGGAUGAUUGAUCACCCAAAAGCGAAAGAACAUAUUGAUGCCUAUUACAAUUUCAUGGCACAGUUAUCCAAUAAUAUGAAGCUUUCAUCGAGGGUCAGAUUUAUGCUUAAAGAUGCUAUUGAUCUAAGGAAGAAUAAGUGGCAGCAAAGAAGAAAAGUUGAAGGUCCGAAAAAGAUCGAGGAGGUACAUCGAGAUGCUGCUCAGGAGCGUGCGCAAGUUGGUAGAUUGGGUCGCACUCCAAGCAUGGGUAAUUCUUUUAGAAGGGGUCCUCCUAUGGAAUUUGGUGCAAGGUCUCCUAGUAUGUUAUCCUCGCCAAAUUCCCAUAUUAGUGGUUUCCGCGGUGCCCCACCACAGCUACGAGGUUAUGGUUCCCAGGAUGUGAGGACAGAUGAGAGACAUUCGUCCGUUCCUUUGCCCCAAAGACCACUCGGUGAUGAUUUCAUUACUCUUGGGCCCCAAGGUGGGCUUGCAAGAGGAAUGGCUUUCACAGGGCAGCCAUUGGCAGCCAAUGUUCCUUCCGCUGAGAUGCAAAGUCUUGGAGAUGGAUGGAGGAUGGGACAUGGCCAGAAUGGCUUUAGUUCUAUCCCUGAAAGAGCAGCUUAUGGCCAAAGACAGGAUCUAAUGCCAAGGCAUAUGCAAGAAAGGUUUGCUGCGCCACCAACUUUUGAUCAAUCUCAUCCUCAAGAGCGAAAUGAUCAUGCUUCGGAUGGAUCUCUACCUACUUCUCCUUCUCCUCAAGGUGGCCAUCCUAGUAUUAUGAAUGAUGUGUCUUCAGAUAAGGUGUGGCCAGAAGAGCAAUUGCACGACAAGUCAGUUGCUGUAAUCAAAGAAUUCUACAGUGCAAGGGAUGAGAAGGAAGUUGCUUUGUGCAUCAAGGAUUUGAAUGCUCCCAGUUUUUAUCCAACUAUGAUCUCCCUAUGGGUUACUGACUCUUUUGAGAGGAAAGACAUGGAAAGGGACCUACUAACGAAGCUUCUAAUAAACCUCUCGAAACUUCAAGAUAGGGUGAUAAAUGAAGAUCAACUCAUCAAAGGGUUCGAAUCAGUACUUGCAGUCCUAGAGGAUGCAGUGAACGAUGCCCCCAGAGCAGGAGAGUUCCUUGGUCGAAUAUUUGGCAAAAUCAUACUUGAGGAUGUAUUCUCACUUUCUGAUAUCGGUCGGUUGAUAUAUGAAGGUGGAGAAGAGCAAGGGCAGCUUGUAGAAUCAGGGGUUGCAGCCAAUGUCCUUGCAAGUAUCUUCGACACAAUCAAAUCAGAAAAAGGUGACUCUGUACUAGAUGAGGUGCGUUCGAGCUCUAAUCUGAAGGUGGAGGACUUCAGGCCUCCUGGCUCUAACAAAGCAUUUAGAAUUGACAAGUACAUUUAGAGGGAAAAGGGGGUGUGCUGAUUGUAUCUGGUAGAGAAAAUUCAUUUCUUGUUUUUUAGGUCACAUAUUUAAAAUUGGAAUAGUGAGGAUAAGUCUAUUCAUGUCUUUAGAUAUAUUGUUUCGCCAAGGAUACUGAAAUCAGUUUAUGGAAAGAUUCAAUUGAACACCCAAUUUCUGUGCC